AUGAAAAGGAGUCCGGCUGAUAUUUCAACUCGCAGCAUAGCAGGUUUUCUGCCUGUACCUCUGUUCAAUCAGAAAAAAAGAACUAGACAGCCCCUUACUUCAAAUCCACUUGAAAAUGAGAAAGAUACCAGUUCUAGGACUUGUGCUUACAACUUCUCUCCCACAUCUUCUGAAUUAGACUGGGAAACUGCAAACCCAAAAGUGGCUGAACUACAGAAAGCAGCAAACAAUGGCCAAACAGAACAUCAGAAGACUCCUUCCCUUAUGAAACCACUAAAUGCAUCAAAGCCUAAUUUAGCAAAUACUGGGAAAAACUUGUAUACUUACAGGGCAGAAGAGAAGGCUCCCACUGCUAAAGUCUGGAACAGAAAUGAGUAUAUUCCUUUAAGUCACACAACAGAUUCAAGAUCUGAUAGUGGAAUCACUCGAAAGUUUGAGAGCCUUUCAAAUAGUUUGAAAACUGUUCAGCAGUUAAAAAACCCUGAAAACCAUAACUCAUCUCAGCUUAUCAAAAUGACAGAAACCAACCAGAUUUAUUCAUCUAAAGGUCAAUGGCCAGUGAAAACUAACACUGUUUCAAGAAGUCAGCAGGAUCAGAGUCUGGCAUAUAAAUUUAGGAACAAUAUUCAGCAAAACAAAAUGAGUGAAAAACAAUCUGAUCAUUUUCCAGAAGACAAAAGUCAGGAAGUUUCAUCAGCUCAAUUAAAAAGUAAAGAAAAGCAGAAUUCCUUGCGGAUCAUAUCUGCAGUCAUUGCAAGUAUGAGACACUGGAGUCACUAUACUGAUAAAACUCCACUAUUGUUUGAAGUUUUAGGCACACUUGAUUCUGCAGUCACCACUGGAGCAUAUGGAGCAAAGAAUUUUCUCCUGAGAGAUGGAAAAGAGAGUCUGCCUUGUGUAUUUUAUGAAAUUGAUCGGGAGCUUCCAAGACUAAUUAGAGGUCGGGUGCACAGGUGCAUGGGAAACUACAAUGCAGAAAAGAACAUUUUCAAGUGUGUCUCUGUAAGACCAGCAACUAUUCAAGAACAAAACACUUUCCAAGAUUUUGUUAAAAUUGCAGAUGCUGAGAUGACAGCAUAUGUGAAAACUCUGAAUGAAACUUAA